CCUUAUUAAAAUAUAAACCGGACAACCGAAUACCGAACGGGUUCUCGCCCGGUUCGGUAAAACGUUGUGCGAACAGAAUUAACCGAAACCCGAUUCAUCCGAACCGAAUUAACCACCACAAGCCUCAAUACUAGUUAGUGUGUUCGCUCGGUGGCUGCUUUCACUUUCCAUCGUCUCUACCAGGGUUGGCUUUCAUUUUUGUCAUUCGGGACUCUUUCCUAGACUGCUCACCACCUGCUCGACGAAUUUCCUCAAUAGAAACCAUACUCUGUUUUUUCUUCUCUCCGAGGAAGCUAUGUAUAUUUUUUUUUCAAUUGUUCAUGGAUAUUGGCUAGUUAUCAACUGAAUUUUGAACAUUCUUUCAGUAGAAAAUCUUGAGGGAUUCCAAUGGCAGAAGUGAGUCUUGGUAUGCUUAUAGACAUUGUGGACGAGGAGUGGAUGAGGGACACUCUCCCUGAUGAUGAUCUCCCAUUGCCUCCAGUGCUUGCUGUUAGGACUGAUGAUACCGAAGAAACCAAUCAGGAAACUCAGCAAGUAGAUGGAGAAGCUUGGCAUGAUCUUGCACUGGAUACCCAGUAAAAAAAGCCUGUGGAAACUUUUUAAUAGAAACUCCUACUUGCAUCUAUCUCCUUUUAUUGUGUAUGAUCAGAACUUGUAAGCUUUGUAUGAAGACAAUCAUUGCUUCACUUCCAUUAAUAAACUUUCUUGGAUUUCCCUUUUU